AUGUUUGUAAAUCACUCUUCUGCUGCUGAAGUUGGCACUACCAGAGCCAGCAUCAACAGGACUGGAAAGACAAAUGCAGCAAAAGGGGUCGAGAAUCAUUACAGUGAAUAUAGUGAAUUUCAUGCCAGGGAGGUCGAGGCCCAUAUAUGUGCAUCAUUUAUGGAGAUGACAGAAAUGAAGAAAAUCCGUGGUAAGAACACUUUUAACUGGGUUGUUGUUACUUUUUGACCAAAUGGAACCACUUUACUGCCAGCAUAUGAAGAAAUUUUGAAUUUUCUACUUAACGAGUAAGCAGAGGGAAAAUGGUUGAUCAUUAUUUUGAUACAAUACUUUUAUUUAUUUUCACCCUUAAGUAUUAAUGUGCUCGCAAUACCAUGGGUAGACAAUAAUGUAUAAUGACGUAAUUCCAAAUAAUAAAUUAAUAAUAAUAAUAAUAAUAAUAUUAUAGUUGUGAUGAUGAUAACAGUAAUAUACAACAUGCACAAUUUCUAAUUGACUUUACAGUAAAGUUCAGGCAGCACUCUCCAAAUUCUAAGACAAUAGUAAGGUUACUAUAAUAGAUUUUUUUUCUUUGCAUAGAUAAGCCAAGGUUACCAAUGCCAGAUAAAUCUGUGUCCAAGCAAACUAGAGACAAGUGGUUAUUGGAAGUUUGUGAAGAAUAUGUCCAGAAGUUUGUCCUCAACAAAGAUGAGUUGAUAUCAUUGGUUGGUCAGACCACAGAGCUAGAGUCAGUUAACCUACAGUCUAGGUGGACACGCUGUGUAGAUGAUUGCAAUGCGAGUUAUGCUUAUCACUCUGGGCGUGUAAGGUACAUACUGUUCGGUAAUUGCUUGAGAAUUCAGUCAUUGUGGGUCUUCUGCUAAACAAAUGUGUUAUCUUAGUGUAUAUCAAAACUACCAAUUAUCAUCAAUAAUAUAAUUAUGUGAACUAUGAAUUUGAACUCCACAGGCAUGAAGUUGAGGUACACAAUUUAUCUUUUGAUGAUGGCCCUGACGACAGAGAUCAUUAUGGAUACUACUGUUGUAGGAUGCAUUGUCGGCUGGUGUUCAAGACCAAGGCUACAAGAAAAAGGUGCGAUUCAUUUUAUUUUUGACAUCAUAACUACCACAACUACCAAGGGUCGCUUUUAAUAUGUAAGAAAAAGAAGCGUGAAAGUAUUAGUUCCUAUUAAAGAAUGAGAAAUUUACUGACCACCCCCUUCCCCCAAUACUUCUAAAAACCCAAAAGGUAGACAAGGAGUAAUGUUAAUGACAAGAUCAUUAUUAUUGCUUGUUGUGAUGGAGGUCUUCAAAGAAAAAUAUAACGUAAUGAAGACAAAAAGUCUUCCACAUACUUGAGUCCUGUUGGCCAUUUUAACCCUUUCAUCACUACGCGCCGGUUUUCCGGCGCAAACAAAAAGUGUCCGUAACGCUACGCGCCGGAAAUCCGGCAAAAUAAACAUGGCGGAAAUAUUAGAAUGCAAAUUAGCCAUCUAUGCCAAGAAGGGGGUUUAGCUAUUUCAAUUGGGUUGCCAAUUAAAUUUCCCAGAAUUCUAGCGAAGAAAAACGGCAUGGUUUCACCCAAAGUUUUGAAGUUGUUCGACGCUGCACUCUUUCGAUUCUUUCGCAGCCAUUUUUAAAUGUCUUCGAGCGAAGAGGAGUCAGACUCAUCGAUCGAUGAGUCUGACUUUGAUGAAGAUUUUUCUGACGACAGUGAAGCGGUUUAUCAAGCAAUAUUUGGAUCAGAAGAUUCCGAUGAAGAGGAAGAAUUCAAAGGGUUUCCGUUGCAGUUACCUGCAAAUAUGACCUGGACAAGCACUCAAUUUGAGCAAGAAAUCGAUCCGUUUUCAUUGCAGUGUGGUCCUACGCCUAACGCCCCACAACAACGGUCCGCAUUAGAGUACUUUCAGCUUUUUUUUGACAAUGAAAUCAUCGAGCAGAUCGCUGAAUUUACAAACAGGAAUGCUGCUAAAAAGGAAGCCGCGGGUUGGAAACAAACAACACCAUCUGAGAUCAAGGCAUUUAUCGCGAUGAUGAUAAUUUCAAACGACAUACUUGUUGUUCCCAGAGAUGAGAGGUACUUUUUCUCCAGUGGGGCAAAGAGCGUGUUUCAUACACCCGGAGUGAGAAACAUCUUUCCAUCCCGUAAACGGUAUUUUCAACUAAAGAAGUACAUUUUCUUUGUGGAUCCUGAACACGAAAGAACGGAAGAUGAAACACGAGAUGUACUUUAUAAGAUCCGUACUCUUACUACGAAGAUACGUGAAAAAUGUUUCUCCUUGUACAACUGUCAUGAGAGCAUUUCUGUGGAUGAAGGAAUGGUGCCUUUCAAGGGGCGAUUGAAAAUAAAAGUUAGAAUGCCUGAUAAACCUGUCAAAUAUGGCAUCAAAUUGUUCAUGUUGUGUGACAGUACCAAUGGAUAUUGUAAACAGUUUGAUGUGUAUGUUGGCAAUGAUGAGAGGAAUGUUGGAAACAUUGGAAAGACUGGCAAAGCUGUUUUGAACGUAUUGCGUGGCUUAGAGCAGUCACAUCACCAUGUUUACAUGGAUAACUUUUACACCAGUCCUAUUCUUUUUCUUGCAAUGAAAAACAUGGGUUUAUACGCUUGUGGUACUGCAAGAAAUCGCAAAGGCUAUCCAAUGAAUGAGCUGAAAGCAAUGCCCACAAGAGAGAGAGGCAAAAUUGCUUGGCUUGGCUGGAACAACACUAUGUUGGCAGUUAAGUGGAAAGACAGAAAGGAGAUCUAUACAUUGAGCACGUUACAUUCUCCUCCAGUUCAACAGCCAGCUGUAGGAGUGAAUGACGACAUGAAUAGUGAAGAUGAUGAAGACAACAUUGGUGAUGGUGGCAUCGUCAACAGGAGGGUAAGACAGGGUGGACAGUGGAGGCAGGUGAGAAUAAGGUGUCCUCAGCUUGUUAAAGAUUACAACAAGUUCAUGGGAGGAGUUGAUUUACAUGACCAAAUGACUUGUGUCAGCAAAUCAAAGAGGCAAAUGAGGUGGUACAUGAGGAUGUUCAUAAAGCUUAUUCUAAUGUGCGUCUACAAUGCCUUUGUUAUUGAGGGACAUUACCAGCCACAUCAAAUUCCAGGCCGUAGAAAGAGAGAUCUUCUUAGUUUCAAGGAUGAACUGUGCAUUCAGCUAAUUGGAGAUUUCCCAACAACCCAUGCAAACAGCAACAAACGACGACGAAGCUCUAAUGACUAUCCACAGAGAAUGUUUGGAGUUGGAGAACACAUUGUGUGUCGUGGCACUGGUAAUGAUCAUCGGUGCGCUGUUUGUUUAAAGAAACAACAGGAAUUUCUGAGAAGAAACAGAGGAGUAAGUAAGAAAGACUGUCCAUUUAAAGAUAGGAAGACUACUUUCAAGUGUUUGAAGUGCAAUGUUUAUCUAUGCAUUGGAAAGGAGGGCUCCAACUGUUUUUAUGACUAUCAUUCAAAGUUGGAAUACUGGCUGUAGAGUUACAUUUGGCUAAGCUUGAAGGAACUGUUAAUCCAAAAACACAAAAUGGACAUCACUGUUGUCAAUAGGUUUUUAUCUCUAGAAGUUUUAGCUAAGGGUGAUGCACAUAGUAAAAACUUUUUCAAAUACAUUUUCAAAUUGCAUUUCAUCUCACAACAGUAUGCGGAAUAUGGUUUUAUGAUGCUCAUGUUGACACAAGAGGUUCGUUUUCACUGCUUUCAUUGAAUUCUUGUUUCUGUUAAGGACCCUUGCAUUGGACAAUACAUAGAAGUUCCCAAGGGGCAAAAUUAUACUGUUUUAUUGUAUUCAACUUUCUUGUGCCUGCAAAAGAAAACUGUAGGUUUGAAAUCCAUAAAAUUAAACAACUUUGAAAUUCUAUAAUUAAGUCAGUAUUGUCCUAAAUAGACUGCAAGUUGCCUUAAAUGAAAGAAAAUUUCCUGACAAUUAAAAUGAUAUAUGGUUUGCUUUAUACCAAAAUGCUUCCUUCAAUGUGAAAAACGCAAUUUUUUCAAUCAUGUCCGUUUUAAGGCACAAGCGCAAAAGUUGCUGGUGUCCUGGACACUUCUUCUUCAGAAUAGCUGGUGGUGAACGGGUUAAGUUUAGGAUGAUACUUUUUUGGCAGUGGAUAAUAGCGACAUGUCUAUGACAUCCCUACACCCUAUCCAUGCUUUUUUCAAAGCCAAUCCUAUAAAUUGAAGGAUGCUAAAUUAUGUGAAUAAAGAAACUAAUACCAUGAAUACUUGUUUGCACCAACAGACAUGAAGAACGAAAAACAUGGAGAAACCCUUCCAGAUGACAGCACCCCACAAGAAAAAAGACAGGAAGACUACAAGUUUAAUUAUCACAGUGCCAAGCUCACAUUUGGAUUAGUGUUGCUUGAAUUUAAUGAUGCCAUCAAAGAGGGUGAUGGUGCCAGGCUUUUUGAGUUGUACAAACUAGCUUUACUUCUCUACAAGACCUAUGGUCAUUACAAGUAUGCGUAUGCAGUCCUUUUGUAUUUGGUCAAGUGCACUGCAAUCCUUCCACCAUCUCAGGCAUUAAGGUUGAAGUGGAACAGGUUUUUUAAUGGUAGUGGCCUUCCCGGACGAAAUAUUCCACUAUAG